AUGGUCAAGACGCUUCCGUUUGGUGAUCUCCAAGUUCCAUCGCCUGGUUUCGGCGCGAUGGGCUUGAGCUUCGGUUUGGGAAGUAAUUUGAAUCUUGAGGAGGCGGAGCCGGUCUUGUUGAAGGCCAUUGAGCUUGGUUGUACUUUCUGGGACACUGCCGUCAUCUAUCAAGCUGGCGUAAAUGAGAAGCUUCUCGGCGACUUUAUUCGGAAGCACAAUGUUCGCGACAAAAUUUUCAUUGCUUCGAAAUGUGGCAUAGUCGCCUUCGGAGGUGAGCGGGGAGUUACCAAUUCCGCCUCGCAUAUCAAGGAGUAUAUCGAAGGCACGAUUGAGCGACUCGGUUUUACUCCCGAUUUGUAUUAUCUUCAUCGGAUUGACCCCAAUACCCCUCUCGAGGAGUCUAUCCCUGCCCUUGAUGAAAUCCGCCAGGCCGGCAAGACCAAGUACAUCGGUCUAUCAGAGUGCUCUGCCGCAACAUUGCGCAAGGCCAACUCCAUUGCCAAGAUCGAUGCCCUUCAGGCAGAGUACUCAGCCUUCGAGACGCUCCACGAGACAGACGGCUUGAUCGAAACGGCAAAGGAAUUGGGCGUCGCCUAUGUCGCUUAUAGUCCUCUGGGCCACGGUUGGCUAGUAGAUAACUUUGACUACAAGACGCCCGAUGAUUUUGCGCCGGAUGAUUUCCGUCGCAGCUCGCCGAAAUUCCAGGGUGAGAACUUCUUCAAGAACAAGGCUAUUGUUGAGGAGAUUAAGAAGCUGGCUGUUCGUAAGGGUUGCACUAUCAGUCAGAUCGCACUCGCUUGGGUUGCCGCCCAGGGUAUGAUUGCUAUUCCUGGUACGACUAAGGUGAAGCGGCUGGAGGAGAACUGGACAUCCCGAGAUAUUGACUUGACGGAAGAGGAGAAGAAAGAGUUCCGCAAGAUUAUUGACGCUGCUAAGCCCCAUGGCAACAGGUACUCUCCUGCGCAUCAGACGAUGGUUGGGCACUAG